AUGCAGCGAAGACCAACUGGUAUGGGUCAAAGAACAGGCCUUCAUUAUCUGGAAGUCGCUCAAAAUAUUAGACGAUAUCAAAAUCAAAGGAAUGGAGUUCCUGAUGUCAGCUCGGAAGAGGCUGCGUUGCAAUUUGUUCAUGGUGGUGGUAGUGGUUGGGUUACACGGAUGCCAAACAGUGAAGACCCGAAACAUCCCAAAGGAUUUUCUCAUCCUCCACCUGGAGCUCGUCCAUUCGAAAUAAUUGUGAUGCAAACUCCUAUUAUAUAUAAUGGUCAUCCAAAUGGUUUUAAUUAUAAUUAUUCUUCUCAGCCAACUUUUCUAUAUGGAAAUUACUACAAUCCUUCAUUUACAAUAUUCCAUCCAACUAUUGUACUACCACAAUUUAUACCUCCUGCUACUCAAAAUACAUAA